CACAGGGAAGAGUUCACAAAAAAUGACAGUCGAUGCUUUAGACCAGAAUUAGUCUUUUAGAAUGUUGUGAAAUAUCGAAAAUAAACUUUUUUCUCAUUUCUCACCUCUUAUUCUCAUGAAUACAACCUCAAAAAAUUAUGUGUGGUGUGGUGUGUAGCCCAACGUAAUAAUCAAGAGCUAGUACAAUUAAAAGGUAAUGACUGUCAAUAAUAUAUUAAAGUGCCUAGUACGCUUCGUCUAUGGCAGAUCCAGCUAACAAACCCGCUGCACCCAGCACAAGUCGCCGUAAACGUGUGCUGCCCCAGCAGCCACGGAUAGAGGCUAAGAAACCUCGUACUUCUUCCCAAGAAGGUACCAGUGAAUUACCUCAACAACAAAAUAAACGAAAGGCUCAGUAUCCCAAGAAACACCAGAAAACCAAACAGGCGGACCAGACUGAACCAGAGCAAGCGUCGGCGGCAAGUAGUUCGCAGAGUGAUUUCCCGAGCACCUCGACCGGCAAGGAGAAGAGGCAAGGAGGCAGGAACAGCAACAGGUCGAACUCUCAACAUAAACAGCGCGGAGGCAACCAAUCCGCGGAGGUUGGCGUAGCCGAGUACCGAAGGAGCACCAGACAUCAACAGAACAGCACCAGCUUAAAGGCGAACCAAGUUGGAAAUCAGAAUAACGACACAUCAGUGGCCGGUCCAAGUAGAGUAGAGAAUCCGGCACCGAAUCAGGGAAAGAAACCGUGGAAGAGGUACCAUCGCAGCGUGUCACCGACGACCGCCGCCGGCAGUCCGCGGACGGACGAGCAGGAGGUAGCGGCUGACCAGACGAGCGGCCGGUCCAAGGCGGGACACAAGAGGCCCAAGUACCACAGGAAGCAGCACAAUCCCAGGCACAACCCACCGCCGUCGUCGUCGUCGUCAACGUCGUGGUCGGCGGUAGUGGUAGCGGCAGCGGUAGCGGCGUCCUCCAGCUCCGAGGUAGAGGCCUCGGAGCAGCAGCAACAGUCGAAGGCGUCGUCGCACGGUCAACGCGGCUCGACGGACGUCGGCCCGCCGACGAGGGUCCAGCCGAAGCGUAGCCAGGGAAGCGCAGGGCAGCAACAACAGCAACAGCCGAAGGCGAAAGAACCGUCAGCGCUGGGGGCGAGCAGCAGCAGCCAGUCAGCUUCGAGGGAGGAGCCUCCGCGCCUCACACGCAGCGGUCCCGUGCUGAGGCGAAGCACUAGGAAUUACAAAGGGCAUCCGUCAACAACGGGUUCGUGUGCAAGUUCAAGCGGGGCUAGCGGUAGCGGCGGCAGUUCCAGAAGGGCGGCUAGACAGCAAAAAGUAGGCACCUCCACGUCAGGCCAAGUAACAGCGCCAACGCUUCACGCUGCCGCUGCCAUGGCCACUGAACAGCCAGAUGUACCCACCAACAGUGCCAUACCCGGAGAAGAACCCCCAUCUCCCCAAGAUGGGCCCCAAGCCAUCUCGGCAGGCAGUGGACCUUCCGGGUUAGGCUUGGGCUUGGAUUCAGAAAGUGAUGAGAACGAGGUUGGGAGGCUUCAGGCCCUUUUGGAGGCUCGAGGCUUACCUCCGCAUUUGUUUGGCGCCCUGGGUCCUAGAAUGCAGCAUAUUCUGCAUAGAAGCAUGAGCAGCAACAGUUCUGUUGCAAAGGCACAAGCAUUAUUACCAGGGUUACAAGCUUUAGGAGAUGAAGGUCAACAGCUUCAAGCAGUUAUUGAAAUGUGCCAAAUUUUGGUUAUGGGAAAUGAAGAAAUCUUGACAGGUUUUCCAGUGAAACAUGUGGUUCCCGCACUUAUUACUUUAUUGGGAAUGGAACACAACUUUGACAUUAUGAAUCAUGCUUGUCGUGCCCUAACCUACAUGAUGGAAGCAUUGCCAAGGUCAUCUGCUGUUGUAGUAGAUGCCGUUCCUGUUUUCCUAGAGAAACUUCAAGUAAUCCAAUGUAUGGAUGUAGCAGAGCAAUCGUUAACCGCUCUUGAUAUGUUGUCCAGAAGACACUCGAAAGCUAUACUUCAAGCUAGAGGAGUAUCUGCCUGCCUGAUGUACUUGGACUUCUUCUCGAUCAGCGCCCAACGCAACGCCCUCUCGAUCACCGCAAACUGUUGUCAGAACCUGUCGAACGACGAGUUCCAGUACGUGCAGGAAUCGCUCUCGCUGCUCGCGAGCCGGCUCUCCCAGCAGGACAAGAAGUGCGUCGAGAGCGUCUGCCUGGCCUUCUCCCGCCUCGUGGACAGCUUCCAGAUGGAGCCGACCAAGCUGCAGGAGAUCGCGAGCGCCGAACUGCUGACCAACCUGCAGCAGCUGCUGGUCGUCACACCUCCCAUCAUAAGCACCGGCACGUUCAUCACCGUGCUGCGCAUGUUGUCCGUCAUGUGCGCCAAUUGUCCCGACCUUGCUCUCACGCUGCUCAAGCAGAACAUCGCCGAGACGUUGGUAUACCUGCUCACUGGAUCGGUCGAGUUCAAUCACGACGAUAUCGAGUUGAUACCGAGACAACCGCAAGAACAGUUCGAAAUAACAGCAUUGAUUGGAGAAUUGAUGCCAAAACUGCCAACAGAUGGUCUUUUCGCUGUUGACGCCCUUUUGGAAAAAUCUAGUACCCAGGUCAAAGACCAGUUCGUUUGGCAAUGGAGAGACGACCGUGGACUAUGGAGACCUUACGGAGCGGUCGAUAGCAGAAUUAUCGAGGCUGCACACAUUAACGGUGACGAUGAGGUCAGUCUAAAUACGUUAGGAAGGAUCUAUACUAUUGAUUUCCAUUCGAUGUCUCAAAUCAACGAAGAUACAGGAACUACUAGGCCUGUACAGAGGCGUUUCACACCCGCCAAUAUCCAAGCCACGCCCCCUUCGGAUCCACAGCCAGUGAACCACAGACCCGCCUCCGCCAGCAGGGACGCGAGGGUGGCUUGCCUGCGCGAAGAACGAGGUCUUGCCGCCGCCUUCAUCCGUUCCCUGUUCAGCGUGCUCUACGAGGUGUACUCGUCGAGCGCCGGACCGGCCGUGAGGUGCAAGUGUCUCAAGGCCCUGCUCAGGAUGGUGUUCUACGCGAGUGCCGACCUCCUGAGGGACGUGCUCAAGAACCAGGUGGUGAGCAGCCACAUCGCGGGGAUGAUGGCCUCGUCCGAUCUCAGGAUCGUCGUAGGGGCCCUGCAGAUGGCCGAGAUACUGAUGACCAAGUUACCGGACGAGUUCGGGGUCCAUUUCAGGAGGGAGGGUGUUAUUUAUCAGAUUAACAGAUUAACCGAUCCUGAAGUUCCUCUUGGCAUAAGCCCACCGAAAGUGUGUUCCAGUUCAUCUUCUUUUUCACCAAAUUUACUUGACAGCCAACCAGGGCCAUCCCAAACACCUAGCGGCCUAAGUCUGAAUGGUUCCUCAUCAAGCUCACCGCUUGUUGCAACACCUAUAUCAUCGAAUCAUUAUGCCGCUGCUGACAGCCAAAAAUCAUCGGAUUUAGAGGCACAAGCACAGAGUCCCAGCCAUUCGAUGCGUCUGACCGACGUGUUGAAGAGGAAGAGGGUCAAGAGGGGUCUGCCCAGCCGUGCCAAGACGAAACAGGAGGAGACGCCCCUGCCGACCAACCUGGUGCAGGACAUCUUCUCGAAGAACGCCGUCAGUGGCGGCGCUCCUACGACCGCGUCGGCCACGACGACGCCCAGCAACUCCAGCCGUCCGCCGAGAUACACCGGCUCGGCGACCAGGAACAGCUUCCUGCAGAGCCUGAACCCUGCGCGUUGGGGCAGGAGCGUCAAUUCCGUGCACGAGAGGAACUUCAGCAAGGAUUCGACCAACCUGUCCAAGUCGGUGUCAAACUCUAACAUCACUGCCGGCAACAAGGAGAAGACCAGGUCGUGGAUCAGAGAUCAGGCCAACAAGUUCAUCGACACGUAUUCCGGCAACGAGGAGGACCAGCACCCGGCAACCAACGUGCUCGCCCGUCUCCGCCACGCGAUCGAGAAACUGCCGACGAUCAAGUGUCGCGAGGCCCUCGAGGAGUUCCGGGACAUCCUGAUCGAGUCGGACAUAUCGCCGUUCGAGGUCAAUUACUCGGGUCUGAUCAGGUCGCUGCUCGGCUACAUCGCCGACCCGUACGGCCCGAUCGACCGCGAACAGAGGCUGCGCGUGCUGCUCAACGUGUUCGCCAACUGUCCGCUAGACGGCGCCGCAGCGGAACCGGGCGAGUUCAACCCGGCGUGGAUGGGCGCGCUCGUCGCCAAACUGAACGGCUGCGUGUCGCAACUGGAACAGUUCCCCGUCAAGGUGCACGACCUGCCCGCGUCCACCGGCAACGGCAGGGGUGGUACCAGCGCGUUGAAGUUCUUCAACACGCAUCAACUCAAGUGCAACCUACAGCGCCACCCCGACUGCACCAACCUCAAGCAGUGGAAAGGGGGCACCGUCAAGAUCGACCCCCUUGCCCUGGUGCAGGCAAUCGAGCGCUACCUGGUGGUCCGAGGCUACGGCCGCCUAAGGGACAAGGACAGCGGUGACAGCGACGACGCCGAUUCCGACGACGACAUCGACGACACCCUGGCUGCCGUCGUGAUAUCCCAGACGGGCGCCAGGCACAAGCUCCAGUUCCUGAUCGGCAACAACGUGCUGCCCUACAACAUGACCGUCUAUCAGGCGGUGCGCCAGUUCAGCAACAACGGCAACGAUCAGUCGGAGACCGACACGGACAACGAAACGCCGCUCGGCAACGCGGCAAUAUGGGUGCAGACUCACGUGAUAUACUACAGGCCGCUGAAGGAAGACCAGCCGGCCGGAAGGACAGGUGGCGCGACGGGCGCCUCCGGGACGGUACACACUAGCAGGAAAGGCAAGGGGGCGUCGAACAAGAGCGUGUCCAGGAGGAAGGUGGACGAUUUCUGGAACGAAGGAAUAGCCCCCGCUAUCCAGUCGCCACUGACUCCCUAUCUGAGGACGCAACUACCUGAAACUGUAACGAUACAAGACGCGUCGUUAGAAGUGCUCUGCCUCCUGCGCAUCCUACACGGUCUGAACACCUACUGGAACAGCCUAUACCCGAUGCUCGAAUACAGGCCAAUCCUACCGCCUUCGGAUUUCCUGAACAGCAAGAUAGCUGCGAAGGCGAGCAGGCAACUGCAAGAUCCCCUUGUGAUAAUGACGGGCAAUCUGCCCAACUGGUUGCAACAGAUAGCGACAGUCUGUCCGUUCUUGUUUCCCUUCGAGACUCGUCAGCUGCUAUUCUACGCCACCUCCUUCGACAGAGACCGCGCCCUACAGAGACUGCUGGACAUGUCGCCCGAACUUAGCUCCACUGACUCCCAGGAGAGGGUCACGCCACGUCUGGACAGGAGGAAGAGGACCAUCGCCAGAGAGGACGUCCUUAAACAGGCGGAACAGGUGAUGCAAGACAUGGCCUCGUCCAAGGCGCUCCUGGAGAUCCAGUACGAGAACGAGGUGGGCACCGGUCUGGGCCCCACCCUCGAAUUCUACGCCCUCGUCUCCAAAGAACUGCAGAGGACCAACUUGGAACUGUGGAACGCGCCGGGUACGGACGAGAAAGAGUACGUUCACAACCAGGACGGUCUGUUCCCAGCGCCGAUAGCCAAGAGCGCCAAGGUCGGUCAGGUGACCAAACUAAAGACCAAGUUCAGGUUUAUGGGAAAAUUCAUGGCCAAGGCGGUCAUGGAUUCGAGAAUGUUGGACCUGCCUUUCUCAGUCAGCUUCUACCGGUGGCUCUUAGGACAGGAGCACAGUCUGUCCUUGUCCGAUUUGAAGUGCGUGGCUCCCGAAGUGCACAGGACUCUGCAGAAGAUGCAGCUGUUGGUCAGACAGCGUGAUAUAAUAAUGGAGAAUAAGAAUUUGUCCCACGAGGAAAUUGAGGUCGAAAUAGAGAAGAUCACUUUCGACGGUUGUCCGAUAGCCGAUCUUGGAUUGGAUUUCGUAUUGCCUGGUCAUAAUAUAGAAUUAAUGAAGAACGGAAAGAACAUCCACUUGACGAUACACAACCUCCAUCAGUACGUGAACCUAGUUACGCAUUGGACACUGAUUGAAGGUGUGUCCAGACAGAUGGAAUCGUUACGUGAAGGUUUCGAGACAGUGUUUCCCCUGCAGAAUUUGAGACUGUUCUUCCCCGACGAGUUGGAGUCCGUGUUUUGCGGUAGUCCCAAAGACACAUUGAGCGGAUGGGACGCGAAAACGCUGAUGGAGUGUUGUCGGCCAGAUCACGGCUACAAUGCGGACUCCAAGGCCAUUAGGUUCCUGUUUGAAGUGUUGAGUUCCUACGAUAGGGAGGAGCAACGCCGCUUUGUACAGUUUCUUACGGGAAGUCCCCGUUUACCAGUAGGAGGUUUCAAAUCACUCUCUCCGCCAUUGACUGUAGUGCGGAAAACACUGGAGCCCAACAUGAACCCUGACGAUUAUCUGCCAUCUGUGAUGACCUGUGUGAACUACCUCAAGUUACCUGAUUAUUCAAGUAUCGAAGUGAUGCGUGAAAAGCUAAAAUUGGCUGCUUCGGAAGGACAGCAUUCGUUCCAUUUGUCAUAGACAUUUAUACGAAAUCAAAGACGAAAACGUGUGAAUAAAAAAGUGUUAUUUAUUAUCAGUACCAAUGGUUGCGAACCAUCUGAUUUAUUGUGAAUGAUGUGAACCGAACAAAAACACCGGCGAGAUUUUAUCUAAAACAUGAAAAGAGUGAUACAAAUUGUUGCAGACAUUUUAUUCUUAAAAUAUUUUAGUUUGUGGUAAAAUUUCUUUGGUUCAUUGUUUCGGGAAGCUAGUACAUUUAAGCAUAGAGGAACUGUAGCCCCCGUAAAUAAUGGUGUCUUCGAUAAUAAUUACUUUUGUUUGAAAAAAAUUCUGAAAAUUGAUGUUUAUUUUUUAUUAAUCUAUUUGAGAAUACAGGCACUAUUAAGUUUGUGAUUAAACUUCAUAUUAUGAAAAGUUAAAAUGCCUAAAAUUAAUAUUUAAUAUUACAUAUACCGUAAAUAUAUUGAAGAGAGUGAAAAUUGAUUUCUACAAGGUGGGCAAAGGACUCGAAGUUUUAAAAAGUGAAAAAGUGAUAAGCUGCAAUCCUGACUGAUAAGUGCAAUGGACACAAAUGGUAUUUUCAAAGAGUGUUGUGCAAAUAACAUUUGUUCGGACUAGCCAAAUCUGCGAACCACCACUUUGUGUCCGACCAAUUGGAAAACAGCCAUAUUAUAUUUCAUUAUCAGAAUGUAGGUUUCUUCCAAAAAUAUGUUUCAAUAAAUUUGUAUACAUAA